AUGUGUACAUCACUCUAUUUAAAUGUGUACAUGCGUACAUCGCUCUAUUUAAAUGUGUACAUGUGUACACCGCUCUAUUUAAAUAUGUACAUCGCUCUAUUUAAAUGUGAACAUGUGUACAUCGCUCUAUUUAAAUGUGUACAUGUGUACAUCACUCUAUGUAAAUGU